AAAGGAUUCACCUGAUAAAUCCUCUGAAAAAUCGGAUAAGAAGUCCUCUUAGGAACUAUAUUAAAAUAAUGGUUUGAUGAAUAAUUGUGUUCAAAAUGGCACUAGUGCAACAAAGCUUCAGAACGAGUGCUUUCAUCGUCCGUUUAAGCCGGGCCUACUCGACACCAGUCGAAAAAGACAUUAAAAAAUCAGUAUUCAUCUCGCAAUCCAAAGACAUUUACACCAAUUUAGCCCUUGAGGACUGGCUCUACCGCAACUUCGAUUUCACAAACCACCACGUUCUCAUGCUCUGGCAGAACGAACCGUGCGUCGUUAUCGGGAGGCACCAGAACCCCUGGCUCGAAGCCAACGUCUCAGAACUGAACAACAUCUCUGAAAAGGGGGUGAAAUUGGCGAGACGCAGUAGCGGAGGAGGUACAGUUUAUCAUGACUUGGGAAAUCUCAACAUGACUUUCUUCACUGGGAGAGAACAGUACAACAGAAAAUAUAACUUGGAGAUCGUCACCACGGCGCUGUUCAGGGAGUAUGGACUCAAGCUCGAGAUAUCAUCCCGACAAGACCUCACUCUGCGCAAUUGUAAAGUAUCUGGAACGGCCGCUAAAUUAGGCAGACCCAGCGCUUACCACCACUGUACCCUUCUGGUCAACUUCAACAAAGUUAACCUCAGUCAGGCCCUCCAAAAACUGGACGCUGGCAUCCAAACAAACGCGACCAAAUCCAUUAAAUCAAAAAUAAUAAACUUGUGUGAAGAAAAUCCCAAACUCGACGUAUCUUCGCUCUAUAGAGCCGUUAGUUGGGAAUAUUUACGCACCCAGGCCUUAUCUGUCAAAGACGGUGGCUUGGAACUUGCCACCAAACAAAAAGGGUUUCAGAUGAUCAACCCCACAGAGCAAUGGUUUCCGGGUAUCGAUGCACUUACAGAUACCUUUCAAGGCUGGGAAUGGCGUUAUGGCCGAACUCCAAAAUUCACAAUAACACGUUCGUUUACGGUUCCGGAUAAUUUGCUCAAUACUGACGUUCCAGACGAUUCGAGAGUAACCAUGGUGGUUGAACAUGGCAAAAUCAGCGACGUGAAUUUGUUCUUUCCGCCAGGUUUAGCAGCAAAUGGUUUUAGCGGUAAUGUAAAUGUUGUAACGAGUCUCAUUGGUCACAAAUUUUCUGAGGAAGCUUUAGAUUAUUUAGAGUGGUCUGUUGGGACUUUGAUUAGCGUUAAAGAUAAAUUUGUUACAGACUGUGUAAGACAAGUCAUGCAAUCUGUAUAGCGUGAGGUUGGACAGAAAGACAAAUAAUGUUCUGUUUCUAAACGUACUACGACGGUACCAGUUUCCUUUUGCCAGUGCCAUUUAUUGUUUAGUUAGUAUUUCGGUUAAAUUUGUUAUUUUUUGAUGUGUUAUUAUCUUUAGGUUAAAAUGAAAACCGUUCUGAACGGUCAACAAAAAUUAAUCAUAUCAUUUAUAACUUACUUAUUAAUUGACUAUGUUUUAUAACUUAAUGGAUCUGAUUUUUGUAAAUAUUUUUUUAGUCUAAUUGAGUAGGUGGUACUUAUAUUAAAUCUUUAUGGAUACAGAGUAAUAAAAAACAUGAUCAAAUACAGUCAUCGAUUUUCAAACAUUUUAAAAAGAUGAAAAUCGUAUCAAAGACAAAUCUACAAAAAUCAUGGCUGCGUUUGAUAGUGUUUUUUUGCUCCCUCGGUAUGAUCAUGACCUAAUCAAAAUAUUCUUCGUUUGUUUUGUAUAGGCAGUUGAAAACAUAAAACAAAAUGAUAUAAAAUGUAGAUACUUCUUAUCUCGUAUUCAAUUUUAAUUGUUUUUUCACUUGGAAAAUGCUUUUACACGUGCAUCUAAAAAUCAUUUUGUCCUAUAUGUAGGUAUAGUGUGACGAUUAAUGAUUGUGAGAGUUAUACUAGGUCAUGACAGCAAUGAAUUAAUGAUUGCGCAUAAUGCUGAGAAUAUAAAAAUGUGAUCCCAAACUCUGAUUUCUGCCCAUACAUUCAAUAGAAUUUUUAGAAGAAAACAUUUCGAUUCACGUUAGAAGAUAAAACCAUCCGACAGAUCUGCUGGACUUUAGAAAAAUUGGGUUUUGAGUACUCUUUCACUCUACUCUGGUUGUUUAGAAAUUACUCUCCUGUUUGACAUCCGGAAUAUGUGCAACUAUCGUUUUAACAUAGGAAUUAACCGUAAAAAAAUGAGGCAAGAAGCAAAAGUUAAAGUCGUAACUGUGUGUUCUGCUAUUGAAAUAUUCGUUAGGAGUAAUCAACUGAGUAAAAAAAUUGAGUAUGAUACCAAGAACAACAUUUAACCAGUGUAAAAGACAUCGUUUGAAAUCAUUCAUUAAGCGAUUCACACUGCUAAGAAAGAAUGGAGAAAUAGAUUUCCAGAAAUCAGAAAAUUUGCUAACAACCAAAUCUCUGACCCUAAGGAAUAUUUUCUCAUAAGAGAAGGCAAUGACGUAUUGCACUUUGUUUUUAAACAUUUAACUUGUCAAAAAAGUUGUUGUGUUAGGGCUAUGUUUACAUCUUUGUCAGUUUCUGGAAGAGUCUGAUCAUGAUAAUCACCGGGAAACUAAAUCAGAGUGAUAUUUGAACAUACCUAGGUUAUCAAUCGAAGCUCGUGGAAGUAGGUUAAAAAAUAAAAGAUUAACCAGUAUGCUGCAAUUCUACAGUGAAAUAAAUAUUUAAGUGUUGUAUAUCACUGCAAUUGAAAUUUAACGGUCCGUCACAAUACGUUAAAGGAAUAUAGGUUUGCGCGUCAAAUUUGAAAUGUAAUAAAUUAAGUCUUCACCUUCAAGUUACAAACAAUGGAAUUUACAGAAUUUCAAUAUCUCUAUCCGCUCUCAAGAUAUAAGGCCGCGAAGAUUAACUGGUUCACUCUGUAUAAAAACUAAUAGAUUAUGACAACCUGUGGAAGGGGUGUGUUGUGUAAAUUUAAAAUUUGUUUUUUUUCGGACUGAUCCUACUACAAUACUUUCUUCUGCUAUUGCUGCCAUUGUUAAGGAAAUAAGUGUGGUUAAAUAAUUUUUUGU